CACAGAAUGAAAUUCGGUUCAAACACGUCAUUGAGUUUCCGUCGUCUGCAGCACAAUAAACCGAUUCGAUUUUGUUUAGUUUUAUAACAUUUAGCUUUCUAUUUGGAUGAGACCGGCCUAUCACAUACAAUAUUUGAUGGCAUUAACAAAAGUUACAAUAUUAAUUAUCUUGUGUUUAGCUGUUCUAUCAACUUUAUUGGCCAAAUUUCAAAAUCUUGUUUAUAUCGACAAUGAUGUUCCAUCUAACAUAACUUUUAUUGGAUCCGAAGGACCUUACCCAAAUAAUCAAUAUCGACAUCUAAUGAUUUUUUUACAGGUCUCAGAUAUCCAUCUUAGUUUGUUUAGAGAUUUCACCAGAGGACCUGAUUUAAAAAGAUUUUGUAAAGAAGUAAUACCUGUAAUUCAACCAUCAGUUGUUCUUGCAACAGGUGAUCUCGUUGAUGCAACAACACCUGACCAUCUUGGUUCACGACAAUUUGAAGAAGAAUGGAAAACCUAUCAAAAGAUUUUGUUUGAAAGUGGUGUUGCCAAGGAAACUGUGUGGUUAGAUAUUCGGGGAAACCAUGAUAAUUUUAAUACUGUGUCAUUAGAUAAAGAAGAUAAUUUAUUCAGAAGAUAUUCCAUUCAGGGACACAAGCAUAAUCGUUCCUAUAAUUAUACAUUUCAUCAUGGUUCUGAUACAUACACAUUUAUUGGAAUAAAUGCAUGUCUUGAACCUGGUCCAAAACGUCCAUUUAACUUUUUGGGAAUUAUAAAUCAGGAUGAGUACAGAAAAUUACAAAAAAUGGAGGAACAAAGCAGAAAUAGCAAUAUGACUAUUUGGUUUGGACAUUAUCCUACAUCAACAAUAGCUGCACCUUAUCCAGGAGCAAGAGAAUUAAUGAGAGAUUCGGGACCAUAUUUAUGUGGUCAUCUUCAUACUCUGGGUGGUAUGGUUCCCAUUAUGUAUACACUUCAAUCAACAGGUUCUUUAGAACUUGAACUUGGUGAUUGGAAGGAUAAUAGAAGGUAUCGUUUGGCAGCAGUAGAUCAUGGAAUAUUUACCUUUAUAGAUCAAAACUUAAAUGAUUGGCCUGUCAUUUUAAUAACAAAUCCUAAACAUGCACUAUAUGGAAUGCCUACAGUUGAACCUCUUUCACGGAUUAAAAAGUCAACUCAUAUUAGGGUCUUGACAUUUUCACCAAGUGGCAUUAAGCUUGUUAAGCUUCAAAUAGAUGAUGAACCAUGGCAAAAUAUGACUCAUGUUUCUAAAGGCUUGUAUACUCUUCCAUGGAUUUCAGAAAUAUAUGCAGAAAAUUUACAUACAAUAAAAGUUUAUGUUCAGAACCUUUAUUAUAGGGUCUUGACAUUUUCACCAAGUGGCAUUAAGCUUGUUAAGCUUCAAAUAGAUGAUGAACCAUGGCAAAAUAUGACUCAUGUUUCUAAAGGCUUGUAUACUCUUCCAUGGAUUUCAGAAAUAUAUGCAGAAAAUUUACAUACAAUAAAAGUUUAUGUUCAGGAUAAGAAAGGGCGAGAGAAAAUCAUAGAACAAUCAUUUUCUUUAGAUGGUUCCCGUCCUGUAUUUCCACUUGGAGCCAGAUUUGCUCUUAUGGGUCAUAUUUCAAUAGGUCAAACUAUUUUUAGUAUUCUUAUGGUGAUUGCUGUGAUACCACUAUGUAUAUUGAGAUGUUUGCAUCAUUAUGGGAAAACAAGAUUUAUUAGAAUAAGAGCAGAAUGUAACUGUGUUAGGAGAUGGCUAUUUAAGUUCUAUUUACUAUCUUCAGUGGACCAUUUACUUUGGCCAAUUAUCUUUAUAGCUGUAUAUAUAGCCAUAGGUCCUUGGUUCAUUGGUGAGAUUAUUGAUGGAUAUAUUGGUGCUUGUUUUGUUUGGGGCAUAGUAAUUGCAGGAAAAGUUGUUCCAGGUGGAUUAACUUUUAUUGCCGGAUCAAUAUUUAAUAGUACAAAAGCAUUAUUAGUAAUUAUUAUUACAUAUUAUUCAUUUUUUAUUGAAAUAUUUAAUUUUUUUAUAGGUCCUUGGUUCAUUGGUGAGAUUAUUGAUGGAUAUAUUGGUGCUUGUUUUGUUUGGGGCAUAGUAAUUGCAGGAAAAGUUGUUCCAGGUGGAUUAACUUUUAUUGCCGGAUCAAUAUUUAUGCUGACAUUUUACAUACCUGUUGUCCUACUCUUGACUCAUUGCCUAUAUAAUCGAUAUCAAGUUCUUUUAAAUAUUCAUAAAACGAAAUGUGCAAUUUCAAUGUAUAUAUGUCAAAACGUGUCCAUGAUUGUAUUUAUUAUUUGGCAAAUACUGUGUGCUGUCGGCUACUACUACUCUUACGGAUUAAUGGCAUUUUUAUUGGGAUUUACAACAACGUGGUCUGUCAUAUUUGUGCUAGUACUCUGGAGGAUAACCGUUACGCUUCCAUAUUCCAAACUUCCGGUACCAAUUCGUCCAUUAAAUCAAGAACAGCAGAUCGGCGGCGAGCCACUCCUUCUGGCUGAAGACUUACACUCUCGAGAUACAGGUGACAAAAUACCAAUGCGCAACCAAGUAAGUGCGAGUUGAUAAUAGAGCUGAAUAUUGAAAAAUAAAAUGAAAAGAAAGAAAAACAUUUUUCACAACACUGGUUUUACUUGUUGUGAAUAUGAAUUUUGUGAUAAACUCUUCUAAUAACAAAAGGUAUUACAGUAAAUAAAUCUUGUGAAAAUUUAUAUUUUGGAAAUUCAUUGCAUUUAUGGUCGUCGUCAUUUGAAAAUUGUAUGAUUAUAAAUCUGAAAUUGUAUAUAAGUAAAAAUUCUAUUUAAAUAAUUUAUUAAUAAUAUUUUUUUUAGUUAUAUUUCAUAUUCAGUAAUAACUUAACUUAUGAGUUAAUUUUAUGAUUACAUUUUCAA